UUAUUGAGCGCUUACUGCGUGCAGAGCACUGCGCUGAGCGCUUGGGAAGGACAGGCCCCGCCAUGGUGGGGCGGCUGAGCCUGCAGGAUGUGCCCGAGCUGCUGGACAUGAAGAAGCGAGGGGAGCGGGUGCUGGACAGCCCCGACUCCGGGCUGCCCCCCAGCCCCAGCCCCCUGCCCCUGCCCCUGCCCGGAGGGACCGGCGGAGGGGCCGGCGGAGGGGCCGGCGGAGGGACCGGAGGGGCCGGGACCGGCGGAGCCUCGGACCGCGGGCUCCCCAACGGGCUGCCGGGGCCCGCCACGCCGGCCGGGAAUUGUGCCUUUUUACCCAAUCCUGUGGCCCCCAGCUGUCCUUCGAGGUUGUGCCCUCUGUCUUUUGGCGAGGGAGUUGAGUUCGACCCUUUGCCACCAAAGGAAGUCAGAUACACCUCCUCCGUCAAGUAUGACUCCGAGAAGCACUUUGUCGACAACGUUUACCUGCCGGUGGGCCUCGGGGUCUCUUCUUGUAGCCAGACGAUCAUCUGCCUCCCCAACCGCACGUGGCGCAGCUACAAAGCCGAAGUCCACUUCGAGCCCCGAAACAAGCCCCUGCGUUUCCUGAGCACCACCAUCAUCUACCCCAAGUUCGCCAAGACUGUGUGCACCACCACGCUGGAUUACAACUGCAGGAAGGCCGUGAGACGCUUUCUGUCCAGCGUAGAGCUGGAGGCCUCCGAGAAUCUUGGAAGCGAUUGCCUCUCGGAUGAGUGCUGACCGCCACGUCCGGGCUGACGGGAUUCAAAGCGGGCCUGCCGCGGGGAGCGUCCCGAAGCUUCCUGCCUGCCCUGCGUGACCAAGCCACCGAAACCCCAGCGGGGUCUCCCCCUCCCCGUUAGCCCGUUUAAACACCCGGCGGCUUUCGGGAGGCGUGAGGGGAGAAGAACAUCAGUGGCAUUUAGCGAUUGUGGGAAUCUGAUUUUUUAUUUUGUUUUAAACGAAAGCUUUGUGUAUUCAGGUUGCCAGUUGCAGCUUUCCACCGGCUUUCAAGCGGACGGGAGAGCUAAAUGGAAAGUGACCCGGUAAUUUCAAAUAGAAAAAGAUAGCUCCCUUUAUCCAUAGGUAAAGAUUGUCCUCCUUCUGUGAAGUGUAUGGGAAGUGGGUCCUUUGGGUAGGAGAACCAAAUGUGAAGAUUCGUCAGCGGUGACCAUGUUGGCGGCUGUAAGAGCUGGCAGAUAGUGAUGCAGCGAGAUGGCCCCCGCUGGAUGUGUAAAUCCAGGCCUGUCACUUAUUUCACUUUCAGGAGGCAUUCAGAUGCUGCGGGGACCCCAAAAUGGUAGAGACGUGGAUGGAAAAAGGUGGAACCAUGAAGUGAGGUGACUCUUCCACCUCAGCAUAAAUUCCCUGGGAAGCUGGGGUGCUGAGCAAAAGCUAAAGCGCUGAUGAAGCUCUCCUUCGUUUCCUCAGCCGCAGACCCUGGCCAAAGUCCAGGCUCCCCUGAAAACACCCCCGAAACGGGGCAACUGCUUGCUAAGUGAGGAUGCUCUGUGAGGAGGCAGGUAGAACCGGACCGAAACUGGUACUUGAAAGGCUUUUCUGGGAGAAUUCUUUCAGACGGCACAAAGGUGUAGGAAAUGACCAGCAUGAGUGAGUUCGUAGAAUCUGCUCUUACCCCACACCUUUCACACGGUGGGUUUUGGCACUUUAUAAUCCAUGAGACUUUUCCUAAAAAGCAAAAAAACUGCAGAUCCCCAUAGACCUCCUUCCUCAGUACCCGAUCCCAACCAGGGCCCCGGAAAACUAAGACCUUAAUAUCCUCUGAUUGAAAGAAACCUCUGCUCCAGAGUGCACAUCUGAGGAAGCACUCAAUCAUCUAGAGUAAAAUGCUGCCAGGCAGUGAGCCUCCUUCCCCUUCUCUUCCUCCUCCUCCCACCUCUCGGGUCACCUCUGCAAAUGCUGGGGUGCAGGAGUGGAGUUGCAGGUCUUCGCUCUCUUGUUUCCCUGGGAUCCCACCCACUCCUCCUCUCCUCACCCCCCUGGAACCCACUUUCCACUUGUAGCCAUGCCUGCUCGAAGAGUCGGAGGUGAGUUGAGGAAGCAGCUUUUGAAAAUUGGCAUCCCCGCCCUCGAUUUAACGAUGGACCUUCUUAGACUGAUCGAGCCGAGAACAGAUUCAGGCCCCUUGUUUGCCCCACUGUGAUGGCCCCCUGUUCUUGGGGCCUUAAGUUUUCUGGACUGCUCCCAGUUCGUUAGUCAAAAGUCCUUAAUUCUCUAUUGAUGUAGGAGACAGAAGAAAAAACUGGCAUUUCAGAGGCUCUUCGGGAACACAUCCCUGAUUAAAUCUUUUGAAUGGCGAAAUGGCUCACGCUUUUCAACCCUGAGAAGAACGAAAAUUGCUUUUCCUGCUUCUGCAAUGUGUAAGUCAUAAUGAAAGCUGUUCUUGUGGUGACAUUGCCCCCAAGCGGAUUGGUAAAAUCCUCAGCGUGGCAGAGCCUUUACAUUUUCCUUUUUAAAAAGACUUUUAUUUCUUUUUAGUGCUGUCGAGCAUCCGAUUCACACUGGGGCAGCCAAGGGGUAUAGAGUUGAUUGACCUGACUUCUUUUUCGGACCCUCUGGUUUGUAAACCUAUCAGAUCUGGGAGCUGCACUGUAGAAGCGACAGUCCCUAUCGCUCUCGCGUGAACCAACAGGGACAGAUCCAACAGGGGUGGGUGGGUGGGGGGAAUUUUUCAUCCAGUUACCGGGAAUGACGAGAUGGAAAUCGACUUAGAGCUUUCAAAUUUUAUUUCAGUGACAAACGGAGUCCAUCUGUACAGCUUGAGUACUUUUCAGUCCUGCUGCCAGCACUUUGGCUAUAUUGCAAAGGUGGGAACUUAGGUAAUUCGCUACAUUAUUUUUUCAUAUCAGGGAAAGUGGGGGAAGGGAAUCAUAAGGUGAAUAGAGUCCCUUUUGAAGCAGCAACUGAUGUGGUUUCUAAGCUUAGAAAUGUACUCGUGGAUACUCCUUAGGCUGGAGAGUUAACAGGUUGCAGUAAAUUCAGGCACGUUUUCUAUAUGGUAAGUGUAAAGAGAAUCUGAACUGUUAAAGAGAGUGAGUGGGAAUGAGGAAGUGAGUAGGAAAGGGUUCUGGAAAAGUGACAAGUUGUUUUCCAAAGUUUUUCUUUUAGGAAUUAGCUGUCAUUCUUCCAUCUUCAUUAUCUGGCUUGUUAAAGACAGUGGCAAGAAAGUAUUUAAAAGGAAGGGGUGGCUUAGUGACAGAGGUUUGCUAGAGAAUUUUCAGUUUUGGCCAAAGGUGGAUUGAACUGCAAAGACCAAUAAUAAAACCAUAUCGGAGCUUUUCCAGGAAUACAACUUAAACUCACACCGGCCUAGUCAUUCGUAAAUGUCACCCGGAAACAUAUGUUAGUUAUGUGUCCAUUAAAAAUGAGUUGGAAGGAAAAAAAUUCCAAACCGUGACCUUUGAAUAGUUCCAGUUAACUUGCUAGAAAUGUGUGAAUGGUCCAACUGGGGAGACUUAUAUUUAAAGGUAGAAGGUGUUUCCUUUUUAAGCGGCAUACCUCAAGAAAUCCUUGUGAUGCUUCAUUUUAAUGCUUGUUUUGUCAAAUUUAGGAAGCCAGAAUAGCAUUUUGCCUAAACUCUGGUCUAUCUGUGGCACAUUUUUUUUUCCUAAUUUUCUUUAUUAAUUUUUCAUUUCAUAAUAAAUUAUCUGAAAAUAUAAC